UGUCAGCAGUAAGGGGGCUUUCCUAGACAGCGCGCGUGGAGCGGAGUACCAGAGCAAGAUGGCGGCAGCGGGAAGCGGUGGAGGCCGCGUCUCUAGCGGACGGGAUCUGAGCUGUGUCCCGGAGGUGGCAGACUCGCUGGGGGCUGUGGCCAAGCAAGGAUUUGAUUUUCUGUGUAUGCCAAUCUUCCACCCACGCUUCAAAAGGGAAUUUUACCAUGAGCCAGCCAAAUUGCGACCUGGACCCCAGACACGCUCUGACCUACUGCUCUCCGGACGUGAUUGGAAUACACUUAUUGUAGGAAAGCUGUCAGAGUGGAUAAAAGCAGACACAGAGGUGUCACGAAUCCGCAGAAAUUCAGAAAUGGCUCUGCUGCAGGAGUUAAAUUUCUCUGCAUAUCUUGGACUUCCUGCUUUCCUUAUACCCAUUAAGCAACAAGAGAACAGUAAUUUGGCCCGACUGCUUCUAAACCACAUUCACACUGGGCACCACUCUACCAUGUUUUGGAUGCGUGUACCACUAAUGGCUUCCAAUGAUCUUCGAGAGGACUUCAUUGAAAAUGAACCAGUAGUGUAUUCUGAGGAAGAUCAUAACGGUGCAGAGGAGAAGACCUGGAAUUGGUGGAACAGUUUCCGAACACUCUGUGAUUAUAACAAGAGAGUAGCUUUAGCUAUUGAGGUUGGUGCUGACCUACCUUCUGGACAUAUUAUUGACCGUUGGCUUGGAGAACCCAUUAAGGCAGCUAUUCUUCCUACUAAUAUCUUCCUCACCAACAAGAAAGGAUUCCCUGUCCUUUCAAAAAGUCACCAACGUCUCAUAUUUCGAUUGUUUAAGCUUGAAGCGCAGUUUGUGAUUUCUGGUUCCCACCAUCACUCUGAGAAAGAUUUCUGCUCGUACCUGCAGUAUCUGGAGUAUUUGAGUCAAAAUCGUCCGCCUCCUAAUGCUUAUGAGGUUUUCGCCAAGGGCUAUGAGGAUUAUUUGCAGUCUCCACUCCAGCCUCUAAUGGAUAACUUGGAAUCUCAAACCUAUGAGGUGUUUGAGAAAGAUCCAGUGAAAUAUUCUCAGUACCAGCAGGCUGUGUAUAAGUGUCUGCUAGACAGAGUUCCUGAAGAAGAGAAAGAAACAAACACCCAGAUCUUAAUGGUGCUUGGGGCAGGCCGUGGGCCUUUGGUAAAUGCAUCACUCAGAGCAGCUAAGCAAGCAGACCGCCUGAUCAAAGUGUAUGCUGUGGAGAAGAAUCCUAAUGCCAUAAUAACACUGGAAGGAUGGCGUUAUGAAGAAUGGGGCAGUCAAGUGACAGUGGUAUCCAGCGACAUGAGGGAUUGGAAGGCACCAGAAAAGGCUGAUAUUAUAGUCAGUGAACUUUUAGGAUCAUUUGGUGACAAUGAGCUGUCCCCAGAAUGUUUAGAUGGAGCCCAACACUUCCUGAAAGAGGAUGGUGUUAGUAUACCUGGUGAAUACACUUCUUAUUUGGCCCCAAUCUCUUCAUCUAAACUGUAUAAUGAAGUGCGAGGUUGCAGGGAGAAGGAUAGAGACCCAGAUGCCCAAUUUGAGAUGCCAUAUGUUGUCAGACUUCAUAACUUCCAUCAGCUGUCUGAACCCUUACAGUGUUUUACCUUUGUUCACCCAAAUAAAGAUGCUGUAAUUGACAACAAUCGUUACUGCUGCUUAGAGUACAAAGUAGAGCUGAAUACAGUGCUGCAUGGAUUUGCUGGAUAUUUCCAGACCGUUUUGUAUAAGGAUGUUACUUUAAGUAUAUGUCCAGACACUCAUUCACCUGGCAUGUUCUCCUGGUUUCCUAUACUUUUUCCUAUAAAGCAACCUAUUCCACUAAGCGAAGGCGACAAAGUGUGUGUCCGGUUCUGGCGCUGUAACAAUGGGAAAAAAGUUUGGUAUGAAUGGGCUGUGACCUCUCCAGUCUGCUCUGCCAUUCACAAUCCUACUGGUCGUUCUUACACCAUCGGCCUAUGAUCUUUGAAUGUACACAGAUACAUGUUUUUUUUCUACAUCUGGAGAACCCAAGGAUAAAGUUGAAGGGAGAAGUAUUCGAAAUACUGAUGUAACCAGACCACAUGCUAGUUGUUGGUCCAGCGCUAAUGUGUAUUUGGCAGUAAAGUACUUGCCUUUAUGGAGAAGAACUUUGUAGCUGGACUUGUAUAAUUUUUGUGGUUUUCUCAUAGCACUUAACUACUUUUGUUUUAUAUCUGUUGCAAUAGAAACUUAGUAUAUUAAACACGGUUUCAGGAUACUGACCUAGGACUUGAUCGUCAAUAGAUAUUAGCAGAAGACUCAUUCCAGAAGAUGUCACAUUGUGCUAUGUCUGAAAUUACAGGUGUUUAUACAAAUGUGGACAGUUGUUUGGACAAAGUUUUUAAUGCAUAUCUAAUAGUGGUCUGAAUGAAAGGCAAACGUUGACAGAUAUAGAACACACUGUAUAUCAUGUAUUCCAACUUACAAAUGUUUAGUGUUAACACCUGGAAAUUUUCUCGGCUGCCACUUAAGCCAGUUGUAUUCGUUUCUUUCAUUGCGUUACUUUGAGAUGCAUUGCUCUGGGCUGAUUUGUUACUAUAAAGAACCUUAAACAUUUAUGCCUUGGAGUCUACAAUUAUU